UUGAACCCAUCCAAGACUCCAACUCCCAGGAAGCCUUUCGGCCUCGACGUACGGACGUACGCAGGCUCCCCCUCAUAGCGGCACCCUGGAUUCCGCCAUCUUGGUUUCCCAGGCGACGGGCGGAGGGGCAGCGAGGCCUAGCUGCCGGCGCCGACCACCACCGCCAUGCUGGCUUGCCUGAUGAGCAGGCCGCUGCCGCCGGGCUUCACGCGGCUGAUCGGGGCGACGGCGCGGAGGCGGAGGUGCCCGCCGGUCCUUCGCGGAGCCUCGGCGAGGGAGACGGAGGAAUGGACGGACGCUGCUUCGGUGGCUUCGUGGAGAACCGGGCGGGAGGAGGUGCAGUACCCAGACUCGGCCGCUAGGGCCCGCCGCUGUGAGCAUGCGUACUCCCUCGCCCUGGAGGAGCCGCAGCAGCAAUAUCCUUUGGCCGCGAAGGCCAGUCGUUUUGAGCAUGCGCAGUCGCUCGCUCAGGAGGAACAGAAGCAGUGUCCUUCUUUGCCCACGAGGGCCCGGCGCUGUGAGCAUGCGCACUCGCUGUUCCAGGAGCAGCCACAACAGUAUCCUUUAGCCGCCAAGGCCAGUCGUUUUGAGCAUGCGCAGUCGCUCACCUUGGAGGAGCUGCAGCAGCCUUUGACAACACAGCAGUGUCCUUCUUUGGCCACAAGGCCCCUCGGAGAGGGCCAGGAGUCGCUCAAUCUGGGCUUGCAGGGGCUGCAGCUGGCCAACCGGGCAAGUGGAGUGGCCACUUUGGGCAAGAGGUUGCCCCCAGCCUUGGCCACCGAAGGAGGGUGGCUUCCCAAGCUGCCCUGCUCGGAAGAGGAGUCCACAAAGGCCCACCAGAACCAGAACCACCGGCAUCACGGCCGCCACCAUCACGCCCACCACCCAUGCCUGGCCAAGGAGCCCAGCCGGCUGCGCUUGUGGACCAACCCCGAGCAUGCCGGGAGGCACCGCGGACGGGAGAACCGGGGCCGCCGGGCCAGGAUGCCCGCCGUCAGUGUCACCGCGGCUGCUGCGGCCGCAGCAGGGCUGGCCCUCUGCUACAGCAAGGGCCACGUCUCCAAAGAAGACUCCCUGCUUGAAGCUGCCCGGAUCAACAAUAUCUCAGAGGUAGACAGGUUGUUGAAGGAAGGCGUCAGCGUCAACUCCCGACACAAGUUGGGCUGGACGGCUCUGAUGGUCGCAGCCAUAAACCGAAACACGUCGGUGGUAACGCUCCUUCUUGCUGCCGGAGCCGACCCCAACCUAGGAGAUGAGUUCAGCAGCGUGUAUGAAACUGCCAAAGAGAAGGGGCUCCAUUCCCUUGAAGUGCUGGUCACUCGGGAGGACGACUUCAACAACCGCCUGAACAACCGGGCCAGUUUCAAGGGCUGCACCGCCCUGCAUUAUGCCGUCCUGGCCGACGACUACCCCACCGUCAAGUUGCUCCUGGAGGGAGGUGCCAACCCCCUGCAGAGGAACGAAAUGGGGCACACGCCCAUGGACUACGCCCGGGAGGGAGAGGUCACGAAGCUCCUGAAGGCCUCCGCAACAAAGUUCCAGGAAGAGCAGCGCAAGAGAGAGAUAGAGGAGCGUCGUAGGUUCCCUUUGGAGCAGAGGCUCAGGGAGCAUAUCAUCGGUCAGGAGAGCGCCAUUGCCACCGUUGGGGCCGCCAUCCGGAGGAAGGAAAAUGGAUGGUACGACGAAGAGCAUCCCCUGGUCUUCCUCUUCUUGGGAUCGUCGGGAAUCGGCAAAACAGAGUUGGCCAAGCAGACGGCCAAGUACCUGCACAAAGAUGUGAAGAAGGGGUUCAUCAGGCUGGACAUGUCAGAGUUUCAGGAGAGGCACGAGGUGGCCAAGUUCAUUGGCUCCCCUCCAGGCUACGUGGGGCACGAAGAAGGCGGACAGCUGACCAAGAAGCUCAAGCAAUGUCCCAACGCGGUGGUCCUCUUUGACGAGGUGGACAAGGCCCACCCGGACGUCCUCACCAUCAUGUUGCAGCUCUUCGAUGAAGGGCGGCUGACGGAUGGUAAGGGCAAAACCAUCGACUGCAAGGACGCCAUCUUCAUCAUGACCUCCAACGUGGCCAGCGACGAGAUUGCCCAGCACGCCUUGCAGCUGCGGCAGGAGGCCAUGGAAAUGAGCCGGAAGAGGAUCGCCGAAAAGCUGGACGACGUCCAGAUGACAGACAAGAUCACCAUCUCCAAGCACUUCAAGGAGAAAGUCAUUCGCCCCAUCCUCAAGGGCCACUUCCGGAGAGACGAGUUCCUCGGAAGGAUCAACGAAAUCGUCUAUUUCCUCCCCUUCUGCCACUCAGAGCUCAUCCAGCUGGUCAACAAGGAGCUCAGCUUCUGGGCAAAGAAGGCCAAGGCACGGCACAACAUCACUUUGGUGUGGGACAGGGAGGUCAUGGACGUCCUGGCCGAUGGAUACAACCUCCACUAUGGUGCCCGGUCCAUCAAACACGAGGUGGAGCGCCGGGUGGUGAACCAAUUGGCGGCCGCCUACGAGCAGGAGCUGCUUCCGCGCGGCUGCACGUUGCGCAUCGCAGUGGACGACUCGGAGCGCCCGCUCCUGAAGGCAAAGGACGGCCCGGCCCUGAAGGAGGAAGGCCAGCAGCGGAAGGGGGGUCCCGCGCUGCGGCUGGAGAUCGUGGAGGACAGCAAGAGCCGGAAGCUGGACAUCCAGGCCCCGCUGCUGCCGGAGGAGAUGUCCUUCCCCUUGUAAGGGCUUCUGGAGGAUUUUUGGAGCGUGUGGUCAGUAAUAAAGCAAUCAUGCAACACGGCAAGUGAGUGGAGAAGGUGGACAGGAAGGUUGGGUGGGAUUAGCCGUGCCCAUGAGGUUUGUUGCAAAAUGCAAGGAUUCACCAGCUUGGAGUCAUGCAAUGGGAGUUUGUGUUCUUUAUUGUCUUAUUUUUGGCUCCACACACCUUUUCUCCUUCAACUGCUGUGCUUUCCUCCAAAAUUGACGCUGAAAGAAUGUAUUGCAGGCAUGGGCAAGCUUUGUCCCUCCCUCCAGGUGUUUUGGACUUCAACUCCCAUCAUUCCUAACAGCCUCAGGCCCUUUCCUUUUCCCCCUCAGCCACUUAAGCGGCUGAGGGGGAAAAGGAAGGGGCCUGAGGCUGUUAGGAAUGGUGGGAGUUGGAGUCCAAAACAUCUGGAGGGAAGGCCAAAAUUUGCCCACGCCUGAUGUAUUGGAUCCAAGUGUAUUAUUUGCAGGAUCCUUUCCUAUCAAGCAAUGGAAGGUGCACAGUGUUCUUCCAGCCCCACCGGUGCCACCCAGUCCUUUUUAAUUUAUUAUUCACAAUAAAUGCAGAAUGGUUCAUCUCCUGA